GCCAAUCAGCCGGUGGAUUGGGCCCCAGCAGGGCUGCUCAAUGGGCGAAUCCCAGAGGACAAAGGGAGGGAGCUGGGCCGCUGGAGGAAGGCACAAGAGGUGAUGGGAGACACCGAGGAGGCGUAGCACCCAAUUCUGGUGAAACCCACCCAGCAGAAGCGCAAGGGAGACAUUGAACGGUAGCCUGUGACUCCUAAGGGGAACCCCCGAAUGAGAAGCCAUGGCUCCCAAGGCAGGACCAAAAGGUAAAUCCGCUCCUCCCACGCCCACGGCUGACAAGAAAAAGGGCAAGCCGCCUGUAGCUGCCGCGGAACGUAAACGGGUCCAGCUUUCGGAUAUCAUUCCUCCCAGCGUCAUGUGGUGUUUUUUGGGGACUUUUGCUUUUGUCUGCCUCAUCGUCUUAAUUGCAACGGCCUACCUCUACUCUUCAUUGGCUGCGGAAAAGAAAAACCCUCUUGACGAGCCCAUGAGAAGGCUGAGGAUCACCAUGGCCGCGGGGCUGAGGGACCCGAAGCUGAACUACUUAAAUCCCAUGAAGGUAGCAGAAGAAGUAGAGAGGUUGCCAGAGUACCUAGAAGAAGCUGAAAGGGCCUUCAACCAGCGGAAAGUGAUGUAUCAAUCCCUCUUCAGGAAAGGAGCCCGAUCUUCAGGUGACUGGCAGCUCUUUGGGAGAAGCCUUUACUAUAUUUCAAAGGGGCAGAAGAACUGGUAUGAUGCUGAGAACUUCUGCAUGUCAAGAGAUGCCCACUUAGCCUCCAUUCUAAGUGAUGAAGAGCAGAAAUACAUAAAUGCUCACCUGCAUUUCCCUGCCUGGAUUGGCCUUUCAGAUGAAGAUGAAGAAGGGAACUGGCGGUGGACGGAUGGCUCCAGUUUAACCGUAGAGUAUUGGUCUGAUGGCCGUCCCAGUCACUCGGAGGCCAGCGGAGAACUGGAGAAAGACUGCACAUCCAUCGUACCUUCCUUGAGCGGGCCUAACUGGAACAACGCCAACUGCCAUGAACUGAAAAAAUGGGUCUGUAAGGAGAGCCUCGAUGUUGGAGAACCCUGAAGGUGGCCAAGCCCUUUACCGAGAGCAAUGCUAGAAGAUGGAGUGUUUUUUUUCAUUUCAGUGUCAAGCCCACCCCACGAGAAAUCUACUCAUUACAGAAUAAAUAAGCACGUACUCUUC